GGCGCUGUCGCGGCGGGGGCCGGGCGGGCGCGCGGCCGCGGCCCAGCGGAGCCCAGAGACGCGGCCCGGCCCGGCCCGGCCCGGCCCGCAGAUGCUGUGACAGCCAUGUCGGACGAGAAGCCCCCGCAGCUCGUGGAUUAUUUCGUGGUGGCCGGGCUGGCGGAGGGCUCGCGGGCGCUGGAGGAGGAGCAGCAGCCGCGGCCGGCGCGGCCCGGGGAGCCCAUCACGGACGUGGCCGUGAUCAUCCGCUCGCAGGGCGAGGAGGUGCCCCAGGGCUUCACCUGCAUCGAGACCAGCACGUCGGGCCACCCCGUGGACCUCAACGCGGGGCUGCUCAACAACCCCCAGAUGUUCCUGUGCUACAAACGGGGGCGGGACAAGCCCCCCCUGAUCGAGCUGGGGGUGCACUACGAGGGCAAGGACCGCCCCAAGCCGGGCUACCAGAUCCUGGACACGACCCCCUACAGCCGCUCGGCCAACCUGGCCUCGGGCUCCCCGGGCCACCAGCGCACCUUCCUGACGUUCCGGCGCGCGGCCGAGCCCCCCGGCCACCACACGCUGGGCGUCACCGACAUCUGCCUGGUGAUGCCCAGCAAGGGCGAGAGCACCCCCCUCACCUUCUGCCGCGUGGACAAGAACCUCAACACCAGCAUGUGGGGCCCCGCGUUGUUCCUGUGCUACAAGAUCGCCGUGGCCAAGGACAACACGCUGGUCUACGAGGCAGGGCUGCUGAGCCGCUACCCCGAGCAGGACAGUGAGUCCUUCCCUCUGCCCGAGUCGGUGCCCGUGUUCUGCCUGCCCAUGGGGGCCACCAUCGAGAGCUGGCCCGUGGGCACCAAGUACCCCCUGCCCGUCUUCUCCACCUUCGUCCUCACCGGCGCCUCGGGGGACAAGGUGUACGGCGCCGCCAUCCAGUUCCACGAGGCGUUCCCGCGGGAGCGGCUGUCGGAGGCGCAGGCGCUGCGCCUGGGGCUGCUCAGCGUGGUGGACCGGCGGCCGGUGCCCGGGCGCUCCCUGCACACCCGCAAGAGCAUCUGCGUGCUGUCCCACUGGCCCUUCUUCGACGUCUUCCGCAAGUUCCUCAUGUUCAUCUACCGCUACUCCAUCUCGGGCCCCCACGUGCUGCCCCUGGAGACGCACAUCUCCCACUUCAUGCACAACGUGCCCUUCCCGUCCCCGCAGCGCCCGCGGAUCCUGGUCCAGAUGUCCCCCUACGACAGCCUGCUGCUGUGCCGGCCCGUGUCCUCCCCGCUGCCCCUCAGCGGGGCCAGUUUCCUGACGCUGCUGCAGAACCUGGGCCCCGACAACGCGGUGGCACUGCUGGUGGCCGUCCUCACCGAGCAGAAGCUGCUCAUCCACUCCCUGCGCCCCGACGUCCUGACCAGCGUGGGCGAAGCCCUGGUGGCGAUGAUCUUCCCCCUGCGCUGGCAGUGCCCCUACAUCCCGCUGUGCCCGCUGGCGCUGGCUGACGUGCUGUGUGCCCCCGUGCCCUUCAUUGUAGGCAUCCACUCCAGCUACUUCGACCUCUACGAGCCCCCCCGCGACGUCAUCUUCGUCGACCUGGACACCAACACCAUUUUCCAGAGCGAGGAGAGGAAGCUGCUGUCGCCCCGCGCGCUGCCCCGCCGGCCCUGCAAGGUGCUGCUGGCCUCGCUGCACAGCCUGUCCCAGCAGCUGGAUGAGCUGCUGAGCGCGCCGGGCGAGGAGGAGCCCCCGGAGCUGGUGCUGAGCGACGCGGAGGCCGCGGGUGCCCGGCGGGCGCAGCUGGAGCUGGAGGCGCGGGCGGCCUUCCUGCGCUUCAUGGCGUGCGCCCUGCGCGGGUACCGCUCCUUCCUGCGGCCCAUCGCGCCCGCGCCCGCCCCGGCCGGCCGCGACGCCGGCAGCCUCUUCGCGCUGCAGGGGUUCCUGCGCUCGCGGGAGCGGGCGUACCAGCGCUUCUACGGGCAGCUGCUGCGCACGCAGCUCUUCACGCAGUUCAUCGAGGACUGCUCCUUCGCCAGCGACCGCGAGCCCUGCCUCGAGUUCUUCGACACCUGCGUCGACAAGGUGCAGGUGGAUCUGGAGAAGCCCGAGGACACGCCCCUGAUGGAGCUGGACGACCCCCGGGGCGGGGAGCACACGGUGUUCAUCACCCCCCCGGAGCAGCCGGCGGGGCCGGACGGGGCCGAGCCCCCCGCGCGCUACAGGUAUGACGGGUUCCCCACGCUGCGCCCGGAGCUGCUGGAGCCCCCCCGGGACCCUCUGGUGGCCCAGCUGUGCCAGGCCCGGAGCAGCGCGCCGAGCAGCCCCGCGCCGCGCCGCACCAAGCAGGAGAUGAAGGUGGCCCAGCGGGUGGCCCAGAAGUCAUCGGCGGUGCCCGAGCUGUGGGCACGGUGCCUGCUGGGGCACUGCUACGGGCUCUGGUUCCUGUACCUGCCCACGCACGUGCGCGCCGCGCCCGCUAAGCUGCGCGCGCUGCAGCUCGCCUACGACGUCCUGCGCAAGAUGGAGCAGCACAAGGUGGUGCUGCCCGACGAGGUGUGCUACCGCAUCCUGAUGCAGCUGUGCGGGCAGUACGGCGAGCCCGUGCUCUCCGUGCGCGUCCUGCUGGAGAUGAAGCGCGCCGGCAUCGUCCCCAACACCGUCACCUACGGCUACUACAACAAGGCGGUGCUGGAGAGCAAGUGGCCGGCGGGGACGCAGGGGGGGCGGCUGCGCUGGGCCAAGCUGCGGAACGUGGUGCUGGGCGCGGCGCAGUUCCGGCAGCCGCUGCGGCAGCGGCAGCGGCGCCGCGCCAGCGGGGACCCCCCGGGUGCCCCGGCGCCCCCCGCCCCGCGCCCCCCCCUGCAGCGUCAGACCACCUGGGCGGGCCGGAGCCUGCGGGAGCCCGGCCCGGCCCCUCGCCUGGUCAAGAGCGGCAGCCUCAGUUUCCCCAGCCCCGCGCGGGCCGGGCCGGGGGAGCCCCCCGUGCCCCCCGCCACCCCCAGCCCGCCGCCCCCCCGGGCGCGGGGCCCCCCCGGCUCCGCCGACGGGAGCCUCUCGGACAUCGCCACCGACGACAGCGGCUGCGACGAGGGGCCCGGGGGGGGUCCCGGCGGGGGUCCCGGGGGGGGUCCCGGGGGGGGUCCCGGGGCUGCGACCCCGCGGCGGGGGCUGGCGGCCAAGCUGCAGCAGCUGCUGUCGCCCGGCAAGCGGCCCCCCCCCGCGCCCCUCGGAGCCCCCCCGGGAGGCGGGGGCGCGCCGGGGCUCCGAGCAGCGGGACGGAGACCCCUCCUCACAAGGAGCCUCGCCGAGAGCCUGCUGCGGCCCCGGCAGCGCCCCGAGUCCACGGCGUCCGAGAGCUCCGUGUCCCUGGGCAGCGAGCUGGACCUGUCCGAUGCCUCGGGGGGCAGCGGCGGCGCCCCCAAAUCCACGGAGCCCUGCACGGAGGGGGGAGCGGGGACAGAGCCCCCCGCCCUGGAGGUGCUGCUGUCCAGCUGCUCGCGCUGCCCGGGCUGUGCCGCGCUGGUGUUCGACGAGGAGCUCAUGGCCGGCUGGACCUCGGACGACUCCAACCUCAACACCUCGUGCCCCUUCUGCUGCCGCUGCUUCGUGCCCUUCCUGAGCAUCGAGAUCCGCGACCUGCGGCGGGCACCCAGCCCCCCCGGGGCCGGCCCGGUGCCCCCCUCCCCCCGGGGGCCGGUGCUCAGCGACCGCCGGCGCUGCCUGGAGCUGGACGGGACCCCCGGGCUGUGCAACGGCUGCGGAGAGACCCCGCCCCCCGGGGAGCGCGUGGCCUUCGCCUACCUGAGCCCGCUGGUGCUGCGCAAGGAGCUCGAGAGCCUGGUGGAGAACGAGGGCGCCGAGCUGCUGGCGCGGCCCGAGCUCGUGGACAGCCACCCCAUCAUCUUCUGGAACCUUCUCUGGUACUUCCAGCGCCUGGCGCUGCCCAGCAGCCUGCCCCUGCUGCUGCUGGGCUCGCAGCACGCCCCCCGGGACCCCCAGCCCCCCGAGGCGUGGCGGGUGCGAGUGAGGCUCCUGUGGGAUGUGCUGAGCCCCGACCCCGAGAGCUGCCCCCCGCUCUACGUGCUCUGGAGGCUGCACAGCGCCGUGCCCCCGCGGCUGCAGCCCUGGGCCCCCCCGGCCCCCCCGGUGUCGCUGGCCCUGCUCGAGGCCCUGCUGGCCCACGUGGGGCUCAACGAGGUGCACAAAGCCAUCGCGCUGCUGCUGGAGACCCCCGCGGCCCCCGCGGCCCCCCGCGCCCCCCACAGGAGCAUCUACCGUGAGCUGCUGUUCCUGACGCUGGCGGCGCUGGGCCGGGAGCACACGGACAUCGCCGCCUUCGACCGGCGGUACCGCGCGGCGCUGGGCCGCGUGCCGGGGGCGCCGGGCCGGGACGAGCAGCGGCGGCGCCGGGCGCAGCCCCCCAGCGCCAAGGCCUCCGAGUGCCGCCGCGCCUUCGGGGCGCCCCCCGAGUGCUGAGCCAGCCCCCAGCCCCCCGAGAGCCCGGACGGGAGAGGGACCCCGAGGUGGGACAGGAGCGGAGAGAGGAACCCCCACGAACCCCAAAAUGCGCCAGGAUGGGAGAGAGAAACCCUGAAAUGGGACAGGAUGGGAGAGAGAAACCCCAAAAUGGGACAGGACUGGAGAGAGAAACCCCCGGGAGCCCCCCAGAGCGCCUGGACCGGAGAGAGAAACCCCUGCAACCCCAAAAUGGGACAGGAGGGGAAAAAGAAACCCCAAAAUGGGACAGGAUGGGAGAAAGAACCACCCACGAACCCCAAAAUGCACCAGGAUGGGAGAGAGACCCCCAAAAUGGGACAGAAUGGGAGAGAGAAACCCCAAAAUGCAUCAGGAUGGGAGAAAGAACCACCCACGAACCCCAAAAUGUGCCAGGAUCGAAGAGAGAAACCCCAGGAACCACAAAAUGUGCCAGGAUGGGAAAAAGAAACCCCAAAAUGGGACAGGAUGGGAGAGAGAAACCCCCAGGAACCCCAAAAAUGCGCCAGGAUGGGAGAGAGAACCCCUGGGAGCCCCAAAAUGCGCCAGGAUGGGAAAAAGGAACCCCCAAAAUGCGCCAAGAUGGGAGAAGGCAACCCCAGGAGCCCCCCAAAAUGUGCCACGGCGGGAGAAAGAAACCCCAGGAAUCCCCAAAAUGCGCCAGGAUGGAAGAAGGAAACCCCCAAGAUGUGCCAGGAUGGGAGAGAGAAACUCCAGGAACCCCAAAAUGCGCCAGGAUGGGAAAAGGAAACUCUGGGAGCCCCCCAAAAUGCGCCAGGAUAGAAGAAGGGACCCCCUAAAAUGCGCCAGGGUGGGAGAAAGAAACCCCAGGAACCCCCAAAAUGGGACAGGGUGGGAGAAGGGACCCCCAAAAUGGGACAGGGUGGGAGAAGGGACCCCCAAAAUUGGAUGGGAACGAGCCCCGACGCGGGGAAGGGACCCCCGGGGUGGGGAGGGGGCUGAGGUGGGGAAAAGGACCCCCAGGACCCCCCUCAAAUGCCCCAGGGUGGGGGGAAAGGAGCCCAAGGGACCC